AUGUCUAAUUUUCUAAAAAAUCAAAAAAAUAUUAAGGAAGAAAAAACAAUUUGCUUAUCAAAAUCAAUUAAAAAGGAAAAAAGAAAAAAUCAAUAUACAAUAGAGUUCAAAUUUGGUAGUGAUAUAGAUGUUUCUAAGCUUAAAUAAAUAAUUCAAGUUAAUCAAUAAAUACCAUCAUAUAUCCCUUUAGACAUAACUUUUAGAUUAGAAUCAGAUAUUAUGAUUCCUUUUUAAUGGAAUUCCAAUUUAUAAUUAGGUGAAUUAGCUGUAGAUCCUAUUUCUUAUAAUUAUAGAAUAGUAAAAUAUGAUAAACAGCAGAAUAAUUAUGUAUUUUAUUUUGAGCCAAUCGAUAGACCUUUUACCCCUCUUUAGGUUGUAAAAAAUACUUUAGAGAAAUAUCAUCCAUCUUUAGGUGAAAAAUUCGAGUUAUUUCAUUUCAAAUUAUUGUGUAAAGAAAAAAUCGCCGUUGCUACUGAGAAAGAAAUUUAAGAAUAUGAAAACAGCAUUAAAAAUUCUUUUGCAGUUUAUAUUUAAAAGAAAUAGAAAGGUAGAAUAACAACUUUGAUUAAGUCCAUUAAUUGUUAAUACUUAUAGUUAAUGGGAAUAAAUGAAGAGAUUUUGUAAGAUUAUAUAAAUUAGACAGGAUUAUUGCCUUGGUGUUUUUCUGAUGAGAAUUAAUAAUUUUCAAAUUUAAUUUAAGGAAUGUUUUAAGGGGCAUGUUAGCAAGUUAAUAGUUCUUUAUAAGCAAUUAAUUUUAAUGGUUAAAAAUUUGAAGUAAUAAUAACUCCUAAAAUAUUUCAUACAUAUAAUUAAGAGGAUGAUUCUUAUUUAUAAUUUAUGUUUUUUUAAUAGGAGUAUAAUUAGUAAAUUAUGACUUAAAACUAAAUAAAUCAAAAUAUGUUUGAAUAUUUUAAUUUAAAGACUAAGAUAAUCAAUGAGAAUAUAAUAGAAGAUGACAAAAUUAAAAGGUGUAAAUAUAGAUAAAUUUGA